CUUGUUAGUUGUUCAGUUUGUAUUGUGAAGUGCGCGUGGUUUGCUCUUAAGCAAAAGAGAGCGCUGUAAGUUCUCUGCUAAAUGUUUGUGUUUUGCUUUAGUGAAUCAUUGUAUAAGUAUUGAUAGUGAUAAACAGUUGAGUGUUGUGGGCUUAACAAGUAAAAUGACAAAUAUAUUGGAUUUAAAUGAUUAUUGUUUGGGCACAAUAUUAAAAUAUUUGGCAACUGAAGAUCAUGUGAGCUUUGCACAAAGCUGUGCGCGAUUUCGUCAAACGCUUAAGGACUGGAGCUGCACGCUGUAUCCGCAAUUCGAGCUGAGCAGACACAGGCACAAAGAUUUGGAUGCAUUGAGAGCAGAACUAAAGCUGUGCUGCAUCAUAGGCGAUGUGCUGAGGCGUCUAAAGUUGGAUAUACGUGAAGUUGAGCGCAAUAAUGUGCUAUGUGAGGGUUUUACAUUGCAGCGACUAUAUGAACUGCUGAAGAGCAUGCGGAAUUUAGAGCACUGUGAGCUUAAAGAAGAAAGUCGCUUUGGCGCGCUGGUGCCCAUGAGCAUUAGAAAUGUGGUGGAGCCAUUUCAAUUUAUUGAAAAUAGCUGUGCAGCAUUCGAGUGUCUGCCCAACUUGCAGAGCGUUAAUGUAGACUGCAAUAUGACAAGCGCCAAGGCUUAUAGUUUGUGCAAGCUGCAGCAAGUGCAGCAGCUAAGCAUAUAUAACCAAAUUGCUGCAGAGGAUCUUUCAAGGAUAUGUGGCUCAAAUGCAAAGCUGCGCAAAUUAACGCUGCGCGAAAUUGUGGGUGAUAUAAGCGCGCUGGCAACACAUUGUCAACAUUUGCUGGAAAUCUCUUUGCCCAUAAGCAGCCAGUGUCCGUCCUAUGCAGCGAUUGCGCAUCUGCCAAGCCUGCAGCGCAUUAUUAUCAAGGGCAGCACACAAAGCUCACCGUGCGCCAAAACUUUGGAGCUAUUCGCUGCGCUUGCUGCCAAUGCGCACACAACACAAUUGCGCAGUCUUAUUUUAUAUCCAAGUUUGGAUGCUGAGGAGACCAGCGGUCUAGCCAAAUUGCAUUUCUUGCGCGAGCUGCGCUGCACUUUCAAUGACGCUCAGUGCAUUGAACAAUUGACUGCGUUGCAGCAGCUUGAGGAUCUCUACAUAAUGCUGGGACGCUCACAUGCUGGCGCUGAGCAAUUGCUAAGCGUGCUGCGCAGCUGCAAGCAGCUGCAACGCUUGCAUAUUAACUCAAAUCUAACCAUGGACUUUGUGCUGCGCGCCCUGCAGCAGUUGCAAGCGGUGCGUCAGCCCAGCGAGCAGCAGCCAUUGCAACUAUAUGUAACUGGUCUCUUGCAUUUGUGCAAGGAAGAUGCAAAAAUUAUUGACAGCGCCUACUGUACGCUGGUUGAUCGUGCUCCCUGGCUGCGUUAAGAUAAUAUUAGUAUCAAAUAAAUAUAGAAAAG